AAUGCCGGCUGACCGCAGAAUAUAGCUGGCAGAAUAUUAGGAUCUUCCACAGUGGCUGUUCACUGAAGAUCAACCUCAAAACCAUCUCUCACUGACAGGAUAAAAAAAAAAAACAGAUUUGGAGAAAUGUAGCAUUACAUCACUUGUUCACCAAUGGAUCCUCUGCAGUGAAUGGGUGCCGUCAGAAUGAGAGUCCAAACAGCUGAUAAAAACAUCACAAGAAUCCACAACUGAGGAAUUCAGCGCGUUCCAGCAGCCCAGAAAACCGGAAAUGUUCAGCUGAAAGUCUGUAGUUUUUGUCUAUUGGCUGCAGAGGAGGAGGAUCAGGGGUAGAUGAGCAGAGAAACACCGAUCACUGGAGAGAGCUGCAGUCUCCUCCGACUGUCACAUUUACAGAGUUCAUUUCACUCGCGGAGGACGGAAAGAACGAAACUUUGCCUUGUUUUGUUUGGAGGCGACAGGAAAACCUCCCUCCAGCCAAACAACCGAAAACAAGUCCAGAUGUUUCAUGUCUGAGGGUCGCUGUCAUACGAGAGGACUCAUCCAGCUCUUCAUCCGAGAUCUCGCUUCAUAUUUGAUGCAGGACUAAAUUGGUCUGGCUGGUGAGAAUGGAGCUGAAGGCUUUAGUUGGAGGUCUUUUCCUGAGUUUGCUUGUUCUCUGGAAUGUUUUUGACUGUGUUCAAACUCAUCAGGACGCGACCGAGACCGUAAUCAACCUCUUGGAGGCUCUUAACGUCACUCACUCUUCCCGCGGGGUAUCUAAGGUCAAAGGUCGUGACCCAAAGACGCCGGCCUGGCGUUUCCGUUCCAACUCGCCUCAUCUCAAACUACCCCAGACAUUUUUGGACUGCCUCUUCAACACCUCACAGGGCGUCCUGGGUUUGCACCUGGUGGGCCGUCAGAGCAGAGGCUCAGAGGCCACCCUCAUCUCCUUCACCUCCUCUACCUUCCUGCAGAAUGACGAGCGCCCCCUGCUGGAGCUCGUCUCCAACACAAAAGCAGACUGGCUGCAGCUGGAGUUCAGGUCAGCGGACGGCCUGCGGCCAGAGGUGCUGAAGGUGCCCGGCGGGAGUCCCUUCACAAGCAGUGGUUGGGUGAGGAUGGCUCUGAGUGUGGAGCCCAGGCAGUUGGUGCUGUAUGUGGAGUGCCAGGAAGCCGUGGUGCUCAAACUGAAAGAAGGGGGACAAAUCCUGACUCUUGACUUCCCACAUGAUCUGCAGGUUAUCUUCUCCAGCACUGCAAGAAAAAAGGCCAGCAAGUUCAUUGGUGGUUGGCAGACGGCUGAACUCUCCACCAGGGCAUAUGAGAAGCGUCCGUGGUCCUGUGACAAUGUAACAGACUCCCUUCCAGACACAGUGAUUCCCACCAGUUCCACCGUACCUGCAAUCUAUGACCUGGAUAUGAUGCAAGAUCAGGGAGACCGUGGAGAUGGCAUAGUAUCAGCUACAAGAUCCCCCGCUAAAUCAAACGUGCGGCUUGACCAGCUGGAGAACAGCCUGUAUAACAUCAAGACCAUGCUGGACAUGCUGAAGAGACAGAACACGGCCCUGCAGACGAGAGUUGACUACCUGGAAACGUGUGAGUGUUCGAAACGGAAGUGCGUGUGGGAGGGGCGUGAGAUGAAUGAGGGGUCCCGCUGGUCUCCUGACAGCCACACCGUCUGUUACUGCACCCAUGGGAAAGUUCAAUGCGACCGCUUGAAUGAAUGCAGCUUUCAUGGCAAUAUCUAUAGCAAUGGUGAUGUCUUCAGCCCAGACGACUGCAACCGAUGUACAUGUGAGCAUGGCAGAGUAGAGUGUAAUGUGAAUCCAUGUCCAUCACGGUCCUGUCAGCAACCACCUGCUCCUCAGACAACGUGCUGCCCUGCCUGCCAAACAAGGUGUGAACAUGAGGGUGAAAUCUAUGAGAACGGGAAGCAGUUUAUGUCGAGAUCAAACCCUUGCCUCAAAUGCAGCUGCUCUAACGGUCAGGUGGCAUGUGACCCCAUUCAGUGUCCACCCACCCUGUGUCCAACCCCCUAUAAGAGACCUGGAGAGUGCUGUCCCACCUGCUCCACAUGUAUUGUAGGCGGUCGUCCAUACAAUGGCUCUUUCAGUACCAUCGAUGGCUGCCAGACCUGUUCUUGUCAGGGUGGGAAUCAGGCGUGUGUUGAUGUGCAGCAGUGCCCUCAGACGUGUCAGGAUGGUGUGAAACCACCGUUCGGCUCCUGCUGCAAAGAUUGUUCCCGCUGUAACUUUGAGGGGCAGGUUAUUCUAGACGGCGUCUCUGUUCAACCCUCCCGUGACCCCUGCAAACGCUGUGUGUGCAAUUCAGGGAAUAUAGUCUGUAACACCGAGACGUGUUCUGAAAUUGCCUGUAAUUUGGUGGAGACUGUAGGUGGGCAGUGCUGUCCCAGGUGUCGAAGUUGUGUCCAGGACAGUGUGCGGCACCAGCAUGGCUCUCAGUGGAAGCUUCCUAAUGACCCCUGCACGACCUGUGCAUGCACGGAGGGUCUGGUUCAGUGUGAGAGUGAGCGCUGUAAUAUCCGUUGUAAUAGCCCAGCCACUGCUCCUCCUGGAUCCUGCUGUCCUGUCUGUGACGGUUGCAGUUUGAAUGGAAUAGACAUCCCAAACGGGAUGACUCUGCCGCCAGGACCCACAUGUGAUCCCACGUGUAAAUGUGAGAAUGGAAAUAUAAAUUGCAUUCAGUACCCUCCCUGCCCACCGACUCCCUGUCAAAAUCCAGUCAGGAAAUCAGGAGAAUGUUGUGCACGAUGUGUUCAGGAGUGCACUCAUGAGGGUGAGGUGUACACAGACGGUCAAACCUUUGUGUCCAGACAGGAUCCAUGCUUAAGAUGUCAGUGCUCGGGUGGGCAAGUGUCGUGUGAAUCUGCAACAUCUUCAUGUCCGUCUACGAGUUGCACGCACCCAACAAAACCACACAACCAGUGCUGUCCGACUUGUAACACUUGUGAAUAUGAAGAAAGGGUUUAUGAAAAUGGAGAAGAGUUCAGGCCUCCUGGUGGAGGUCCAUGCAUCCAGUGUUUAUGCAAGAAUGGUAACGUGAGAUGUCAUCAGGAAAGAUGCCCACAUUCGAACUGUGCAGUUCCCACUCCAGCCCCUCCUAACACCUGCUGUCCGGUGUGCAGAGGAUGUACGUGGAAUGGUGUUCAGUAUGAAGAAGGAGCCACGUGGACUGACGCUGGCCAAACAUGUUCUUGUGCAAGUGGACAGGUGAGGUGUAGUAGGCCUAACGUCUGUCCAGAUCCGCCCAGAGUGCCCUGCCAAAAUCCCCCAGGUGGUGACUCCUGUGGGCAGUGCCAGUACAAGCAGCGCAUGUAUGCAAACGGCCAAACAUUCAGGGACCCAGAUGAUGCCUGUAAGACGUGCACCUGUCAGGAUGGUCAGACAGUAUGUGGUGUUGCAUCAUGUCCGGCACCGACGUGUGCUAAUGCAUACACUCCUCCUGGAGAGUGCUGUCCCCAGUGUCCAGGAUGUACGUGGAAUGGUGUUCGGUAUGAUGAAGGAGCCACGUGGACUGACGCUGGCCAAACAUGUUUUUGUGUUGAUGGACAGACGAGCUGUAGUAGGACUCAUGACUGUGCAAAUCCGACCCCCGCACCCUUCCCAAAUCCCACAGCCUGCAUGUAUGAUGGCCGAGAGUAUCAGAACGGUCAGGAGUUUCUACACCCCGCUGAUCGCUGCAGUCGUUGCAUGUGCAGGAAUGGUCAGGUGACCUGCAACAGGAGCCCAUGUCCAAACCCAGGAUGUAGUAACCCCAUCACUCGGCCGGGCCAGUGCUGUCCAGUGUGUGAUGUCUGCAUGUAUGAUGGUCGAGAGUAUCAGAACGGUCAGGAGUUUCCAGACCCCGCUGAUCGCUGCAGUCGUUGCAUGUGCAGGAAUGGUCAGGUGACCUGCAGCAGGAGGCCAUGUCCAAACCCAGGAUGUAGUAACCCCAUCACUCGGCCGGGCCAGUGCUGUCCAGUGUGUGAUGUCUGCAUCUAUGAUGGCCAAGAGUAUCAGAACGGUCAGGACUUUCCAGACCCCGCUGAUCGCUGCAGUCGUUGCGUGUGCAGGAAUUUUCAGGUGACCUGCAACAGGAGGCCAUGUCCAAACCCAGGAUGUAGUAACCCCAUCACUCGGCCGGGCCAGUGCUGUCCAGUGUGUGAUGUCUGCAUGUAUGAUGGCCGAGAGUAUCAGAAUGGUCAGGAGUUUCCAGACCCCGCUGAUCGCUGCAGUCGUUGCAUGUGCAGGAAUGGUCAGGUGACCUGCAGCAGGAGCCCAUGUCCAAACCCAGGAUGUAGUAACCCCAUCACUCGGCCGGGCCAGUGCUGUCCAGUGUGUGAUGUCUGCAUCUAUGAUGGCCGAGAGUAUCAGAACGGUCAGGAGUUUCUACACCCCGCUGAUCGCUGCGGUCGUUGCGUGUGCAGGAAUGGUCAGGUGACCUGCAACAGGAGGCCAUGUCCAAACCCAGGAUGUAGUAACCCCAUCACUCGGCCGGGCCAGUGCUGUCCAGUGUGUGAUGUCUGCAUCUAUGAUGGCCGAGAGUAUCAGAACGGUCAGGAGUUUCCAGACCCCGCUGAUCGCUGCAGUCGUUGCAUGUGCAGGAAUGGUCAGGUGACCUGCAACAGGAGCCCAUGUCCAAACCCAGGAUGUAGUAACCCCAUCACUCGGCCGGGCCAGUGCUGUCCAGUGUGUGAUGUCUGCAUGUAUGAUGGCCGAGAGUAUCAGAACGGUCAGGAGUUUCCAGACCCCGCUGAUCGCUGCAGUCGUUGCAUGUGCAGGAAUGGUCAGGUGACCUGCAGCAGGAGCCCAUGUCCAAACCCAGGAUGUAGUAACCCCAUCACUCGGCCGGGCCAGUGCUGUCCAGUGUGUGAUGUCUGCAUCUAUGAUGGCCGAGAGUAUCAGAACGGUCAGGAGUUUCCAGACCCCGCUGAUCGCUGCAGUCGUUGCAUGUGCAGGAAUGGUCAGGUGACCUGCAGCAGGAGCCCAUGUCCAAACCCAGGAUGUAGUAACCCCAUCACUCGGCCGGGCCAGUGCUGUCCAGUGUGUGAUGUCUGCAUCUAUGAUGGCCAAGAGUAUCAGAACGGUCAGGUGUUUCCAGACCCCGCUGAUCGCUGCAGUCGUUGCAUGUGCAGGAAUGGUCAGGUGACCUGCAGCAGGAGCCCAUGUCCAAACCCAGGAUGUAGUAACCCCAUCACUCGGCCGGGCCAGUGCUGUCCUGUGUGUGAUGUCUGCAUCUAUGAUGUCCGAGAGUAUCAGAACGGUCAGGAGUUUCCAGACCCCGCUGAUCGCUGCAGUCGUUGCAUGUGCAGGAAUGGUCAGGUGACCUGCAGCAGGAGCCCAUGUCCAAACCCAGGAUGUAGUAACCCCAUCACUCGGCCGGGCCAGUGCUGUCCUGUGUGUGAUGUCUGCAUCUAUGAUGGCCGAGAGUAUCAGAACGGUCAGGAGUUUCCAGACCCCGCUGAUCGCUGCAGUCGUUGCAUGUGCAGGAAUGGUCAGGUGACCUGCAGCAGGAGCCCAUGUCCAAACCCAGGAUGUAGUAACCCCAUCACUCGGCCGGGCCAGUGCUGUCCAGUGUGUGAUGUCUGCAUCUAUGAUGGCCGAGAGUAUCAGAACGGUCAGGAGUUUCCAGACCCCGCUGAUCGCUGCAGUCGUUGCAUGUGCAGGAAUGGUCAGGUGACCUGCAACAGGAGCCCAUGUCCAAACCGAGGAUGUAGUAGCCCCAUCACUCGGCCGGGCCAGUGCUGUCCAGUGUGUGAUGCGUGUUUUCAGCAAGGUCGGGAGUAUUUAGCAGGACAGAGCUUGACCCUCCCCGAUGAGCCCUGCAUCAAAUGCACCUGUGUGGACGGUGAGGUGAACUGUGUGGGUCCAGACUGUCCUAAACUGACCUGCACGCAUCAGGUCACUGAUCCCGGCUCCUGCUGUCCCCGCUGCAGAGGCUGUAUUUAUGAUGGUGUUGGGCACCUUGAAGGCAGUACCUGGUUUGCACCCAGCAGUCCCUGUAUGUCCUGCAUGUGUGUGAAUGGAGUGACCACCUGCUCGGAGGUCCACUGUCUGUCCACCUGUCUAAACCAGAUCAGUGUGGCGGGCGAAUGCUGCCCAGUGUGUGCAGACUGUGUGUAUGAAGGCCAUGUGUACGGCCCUGGAGAGAGUUUCCACCCCUCUGAUGACCCCUGUCAGAUCUGCACCUGUGAGGUGAUGCCAGAUGGGGAACAGCACAUGCGCUGUUACAGGAAGCAGUGCCCGAGUCUGGUGGACUGUCCUAAAGACAACAUCCUAUACAGCGGCUCAGACUCCUGUUGCCCUGUCUGUGCACAGCCCCUCAGUAACUGCACAGCUAUACUGAUCGGUAAUGAAGUGUUGGCCACUGGUGAUCCGUGUUUUACCUGUCAGUGCAAGGAUUUGACGUGGACGUGUAUCCAUCGGGGCUGUCCUCCUCUCAGCUGCCCUCCAGCCGAUCAGCACACACCGCCGGAUUCCUGCUGCCCCGUCUGUGAUGAGUGUGUAUUAGAGGGCAACCAAACCCGUGUGCCAAACGGCCAGAGAUGGAUAGACAAGGAGAACGAGUGUGUCACCUGCACCUGCAAUCAAGGGCAUAUCGAGUGUGAUCUGCUGGAGUGUCCUCCUCUCGAUUGUCCGGAUGGAUCAAUCAAAGUGAAGAACCCUGGGAAGUGCUGUCCUGAGUGCACAGGCAUCAUAACUGUGCUUUACACCAAAGACGCUCAUGCACAGUGUGUGUACAACGGUCAGCAGUACAACCACAAUGACCACUGGGAGGUGGACGAGUGUACGUCCUGCACCUGUGUGUACGGAGAGGUGCACUGCCAGACCCAGAGAUGCCCAACGCUCACAUGUGCCUCGGAUGAAACGCCGUCUCUGGUUCCGGGAAUGUGUUGUCCUCACUGCAUUCCUCACCCUGCCACCUGCAUUGUGUUUGGAGACCCUCACUACCGAACGUUUGAUGGAAAGAUGGUGAACUUCCAGGGGAAGUGCACAUAUGUUCUGGCUCAGGACUGUGAGGGCGGAGAUUUCAGUGUUCAUGUGUCUAAUGAGGACCGGGGACGUAAGGGAGUGUCUUGGACUAAAGAAGUGACCGUGUUUAUUGGAGAUAUUGUGGUACAACUGUUUCAGAACUGGAUUGUCAAGGUUGAUUAUCAGCAAGUCUCUCUGCCGUUUCUUAAAGAACCAUAUGUUUACCUGGAGCGCAAGACCAACACCAUCCUCCUGAACACCAAUGUUGGGCUGAAGGUGUUGUGGAAUGGCCGUUCUCAUCUGGAAGUCAGCGUUCCUGGUACCUACAAGAAGCACAUGUGUGGUUUAUGCGGCAACUUCAAUAACUACCCUCAGGACGACAUGAAACUACGGAACGGACAGAUCACCAACUCCGAAGCAGUGUUUGGAAACAACUGGAAGGUGGGCAGUGGAAAUUCAAGCGUUCAGUGUCCUGACGCGAUACGCAUUAGCCCGUGUAAAGAAGCGGGAUACUCAGCCCAUAAGACUGCGAACACUCGCUGCACAGUGCUGAAGUCGCCCGUGUUUGAGCGCUGUCAUAAGCUGGUGCCACCCGAGAUGUUCUACGCUUCAUGUGUGUAUGAUCUGUGUGCCUGCGGCUCCAAUACAGACGAGUGUUUGUGUGACGUGUUGGAGGCUUACGCUUCUGAGUGCCGUGAAGCUGGAGUUAUCCUGCAGUGGAGGUCGCCGACACUCUGCGCCGUGGGCUGUCCGCUGGACCGUGGUUAUGUGUUUGAUGAAUGCGGGCCGCCAUGUCCUAAGACGUGUUUUAACAAAGACGUGCCUCUUGGCGUGAUCGAGGCUCACUGCUUCAAACCCUGUGUGCCGGGAUGCCAGUGUCCCGCUGGCCUGGUGGAACACAACGCUCACUGCAUCGCCCGGAGAAAUGCCCCAAAAUUAUCCACGGCACCAAACAUCACGUAGAGUCAAACUAGCUAAAACCGAGAUCUGAUGAACCACAACAAGCUCUUUAAGUCAACAUGAAAUCAGGAUUUGCUUUAUUUCUUUUUAAUUCAUAUUCCUGGUCUUACACAUUAAACAUUUUUACAAAUAUCCUGUUUCACUCAGAAAUACUUAUAAUUACUAUGGCCCCUUUUUUGCAAUGGGAUAAAAAAAUCAAAAGGGUUUUUUUUUUUUUAUUAUUGUGAAUCUCACAAUUCAGACUCUUUUGUAACCUCAGAAUUCUGAGAAGAAUUGUGAGAUGAAAAUAUCAGAAAAUUUUUUUAGGUUAUGUCUCGCAAUUCUGAAUUUGUAGCUCACAAUUCUGACUAUUUUUGAAAAUUGAAUUGUAAGAUAAAGAAUUGUAAGAGAAAAGGUCAUUUUUAUCCUGUGAUGGAAACGGGCUUUGCCGAAUUACGAAUAGAGUUUUGUGUUGACUUAAAUGCUUUUGACUUGAAUAAUAAUAAUGAUUUAAUAACUUGAAUCACAUUUAAGUUUUACUUUAUAUCUCAAACCACAUAAACAGUCUUCUACUGUAUACUGCAUUUAGUUGUUUUGUUGGUGCUACUGUGUGUAAGGGUUUCUGACUGAUAAUAGGACACUGUGUUAACCUGUGUUUCAUGGAGCUAAUUUACAUGUCCUCCCAAUGAUAGGAGGAUGUUUUGAGCCAGAUGGACAAAGUUUACCUCUUUUUUUCCUUACCACAGAACAAGAAUACAAAGAGGAAAAAACAUUUUUUUAAUAAUAAUGAUUGGUUUUUUUGGGGUUUUUUUAGCAUGCCAUAAGUUGCUUUUCUGGACUUUUUCUCAUUAAUUUGAUAUUUUGAAACAAAUGAAUAUGAGUUGAACAAUAUGGAUCUGCAAAUCUGCAUAAUUUUAUCUGCACUGUUUUUGAUAGGGCUUUUUUUUUCUUUUCUUUUUUUUGUUGCACUGGUAAUAUGAUUUAAAUAUUUUGUUGCUCUCUUAAAAUACACAGUUUUAUAAGCAAUAUGUUAUAAAGACACUUCAUUUGCAACAUUGACAGUGAAUCUAAAUAAAAAUAGAAACACAAUAAAAGCUAAAUCUAAUAGUGCCUUCACAGGAUUAUUUUGAGUUAUGUUAUAUUCAUCAGAUGCAUUGACAAUCUCAGGUUCUGUAAACAGUCAGUUUUUGUGUAUGACAUUGUCAUAAACAUUAUAUUCUCAUA